ACCCUCUCGGAUCCCUGUGGAAUGCCGAGGGAAGAACGUUCUUCAACUUCAGAACACGAGCUUCGUAUUUUAAUAAUAACUCUAAACAGUUCAAACAUCAAACACCUUGUCCGCACGCAAAAACUAGGAACCAGAAAGCGAUUCGAAGAUGCAGAGACUCAAAGCUCUGCUACCGCAAACAAGGGCCUCACUUCGCACUAUCUAUUCUUACCAUCGAGCUUUCUCUGCUCAACCAAAUUACGCAGAGCAUGACGAUGACGAUUCUCAGGAGCAGAUUCUAGUCGAAGGAAGAGCAAAAUCACGAACAGCUAUUCUCAACAGGCCUUCUUCGCUGAACUCGCUCAAUGCGUCCAUGGUUGGUCGAUUGAAGAGGCUGUAUGAUUCGUGGGAAGAGAACUCUGACAUUGGAUUUGUUUUGAUGAAGGGUAGUGGCAGAGCUUUCUGUUCUGGUGCAGAUGUUCUUAGGUUGUAUCACACACUCAAUGAAGGAAAUGCCGACGAAGCUGAACAGUUUUUCAAAACAUUAUAUUCAUUUGUAUAUCUUCAAGGGACUUAUCUUAAACCACAUGUUGCCAUUUUGGAUGGAAUAACAAUGGGAUGUGGAUCUGGAAUUUCUCUACCAGGGAUGUUUCGUGUUGUAACAGAUAAAACGUUUUUUUCUCACCCAGAGGCUCAAAUAGGUUUCCACCCAGAUGCAGGAGCUUCUUAUAUUUUGUCUCGGCUACCUGGCUACUUGGGGGAAUACUUAGCUCUUACUGGAGAUAAGCUUAAUGGUGUUGAAAUGAUUGCCUGCGGCCUUGCUACUCAUUAUUCAUUAAAUGCAAGGCUUGCUUUGCUUGAAGAACAACUCGGUAAACUAAUCACAGAUGAACCUUCUGUUGUUGAGGCAUCCCUUGCACAGUAUGGUGAUAUUGUUUACCCAGAUAAGGGCAGUGUCCUUCACAGGAUUGAUACUAUCGACAGAUGUUUCAGUCAUGACACUGUGGAGGAAAUUAUUGAAGCUCUGGAGAAAGAGGCUGUCGAGUCUUAUGACAGUUGGUGCUCGACUACUCUAAGGAGAAUAAGAGAAGCCUCCCCAUUGAGUUUAAAAGUUAUCUUACGAUCUAUACGUGAAGGUAGAUUUGAGACUCUCGAUAAAUGUCUCGUACGUGAGUACCGUAUGUCCAUACGUGGAAUUUCUAAGAAUGUCUCGUCCGAUUUCUUUGAGGGUGUUCGAGCAAGAAUGGUUGAUAAAGAUUUUGCACCAAAGUGGGAUCCACCUAGUUUAAAAGAAAUAUCAGAGGACGUGGUUGAUUACUAUUUCUCUCCAUUAGAGUCUGAACUAGUGCUGCCGACGGCUUUGAGAGAACCUUACAUGUGAAACUACCAUACCUCUUAGCAAUGCACCUCACUAGCAAGAUUAGUUUAUAAACAAUUCCGGACGAAGAGGCGUUGAUGCAGUCGACAAAUGCACCAUCUGCUUCGACCAAAUUUUGGCCAUCAACGGUUCUUGUCUGAUGAACUUCCCAAUGUUCGAAAUAUCAUUGUCCUUGGAUGUGUAGUCAAAUGUUGGCUCCAUAAUAUAAGUGAAAGGAUCGUAUAUGCUUCUUUCGUUGUUUGACUCCCAUUUCAGUUUUAUUGAAAUCCCAGCUGUAUGAAAACCUUAAUCAGGGGGUUCGGUCAUACAAUGGAACUAUACCAGUUUAAAACUAGCCAUGACCAAUGGCAGGGAAGACAAUGUCAACUGUCUGGAACUUGUUUGAGUGAACAUCUCAAAGUGCUUGUUUUUUUAAAGCGUACAUUGGAAGAUUUUUUUUUUUUUUAUCAAGUUUAUAAAAAUGAUUUAUUAUGAACC